GAAGCGUCUCUUCUUUCUCUCUGUUUCUCAGGAGGAGAGGAGUGGUCGCCGUCCGUGCUCGGGACUGCCUCGUCAUUGUGCUGCUCGCAGGGACUCGCGUGGUCACUGGUACUUGGUGGUGUGCAAAAUUGUACUUAAAGGCCAGGCAUGGAUACUGAAAAAAGUGAAGUUUUGGAUGCGUCAGAGACUCCACAGCAAGAGGAGACCGGAAUGGAAAAACAGGAUAAACUGGAGACCAAGGAACCCACAGAGCCUGAGAACCCAGCAGCUGCUGUGCAAGAGUCUGAGCAGCUGGCAGCAAACGGUCAUACUGCAGAAGUGGUGACCAUGAAAGAAACAGAAGAGCUGGCGGCACAAGACGACGCAGGAAAGACUGUUGGAGACGACUCGGAAAAACCUGACAUGGAGUCUGUGCCCGGUGCGAUGGCACCACCAGAACCACAUGAGUCAUCUGAAAAGGUCACUGACCCAGUUGUGGCUUUAGACGCCGAACCAGAAAACACUGAACAGCCGCCCGUGCCAGAGAAUAACCCAGAGCCUGUACAAAUGCAUUUGGCAGAGAGCGCCCCUGAACCAGAGCCAGCAAAAUUGGCAGAAUCAGUUCCAGCAGCUGAAGUACAAGAGCAGGCGUUACCUGUACAAGCAGCAGCAGCACAACAGCCAGUUGAUGCACAGCCUGCCCAGCCUGCCCAAGAGGAGAAGGUGGUGGAAAAAGUGGAGACUGAGAAGGAGCCGCAAACCGCAAUGGAGACAAAGGCAGAGGAGGUAGCGGCGGAAACUGUUCUGGUGACAGAAGAUUCAUCAGAAAAGCCAGCGGCAGCAGUGGAGAAGGAGGGAGCCGCUGAGAUUGGAAGUGGUGAAACUGCACAGGGCGUGCCGAAAGUUAGCCCUGAUGAAUCUGUCGCUGUAAAGGGAGCUGGGCCAGAAGGGGAGGGUGUUAAAUCUGAGGAGGAAGGUGCCGAGCCUCAAAAAGAAGACGAUGUUCCCGCAUCUGGGUCCCUGUCUUUUGCUCUUUUAGAUCAGGAUGAGACCAGAGAUGCUCUGCGAGUCUCUCGCACCCUUGUAGUCCUUAGAGGCCUUCCAGGCAGCGGUAAAAGCCUCUUGGCGCGCGCCAUAGCGGAUUCCUACAAAGACCACUGCUCCGUUAUCUGUGCCGACGACCAUGGUAUCAAGCCAGAAAGCCCAGAAACGUCUGCAGAUGGGUUCAAAGCGCUGGACGAGGCUCUUGUGGCCCGCUGCGGUGACGGGACGACCUCCUCUGUCCUGAUCGUGGUGGACGACACCAACCACACCCACAAUCGUCUGGCCCGUCUGGGAGAGAUUGCCGAGGAACACCAUCUCGUUGCCAUCUUCUUGGAGCCACAAACCGAGUGGAGCCGAGAUCCUGCACAGCUGGAGAAGAAGACGGCGCGGGGACUGAAGGAGGCCCAGCUGGAGGCAAUGAAAGCCCCACUUGAAGAAACGUCCCUUCCUCUUUUCUUUGGCUGGUUUCUUGUGUCUUCAGUGUUGGACAAGAUUAGGUGUUCAUCAAUGGACUUCCUGAAAACGCUGGACACAUUGGAUUCCUUCAAGAAACACAUGGCUGCCUUCACAGGAAAAGCUGAGGAGGUUGUGGACCUGGAGCAGUACUAUAAGGCCAGAGGACUUCUCCACUGCACGACAAAGUUCUGUGACUAUGGAAAUGCUGCAGGAGCAAAAGAGUAUGCCGAGAAUACCGAUGUUAAGAAGAACUACGGUUCUGCGUUUGAGCUGUCCCUGACUGCUCUCUUUGUCACCCCUCGCACUUGUGGUGCAAAAGUGUCCCUAACGGAGAACCAGCUUCUCCUGUGGCCGGCCGAUGCUGAGCAGGAAGCAGAGUCCGCCGUCCCCGGGGCCGCCUCGCUGCCUCUGGGAAGCCGUGCCCAUGUCACUCUAGGCUGCGCCGAGGGCUUCGAGCCGGUUCAGACGGGCCUGGAUCUGCUCCAGAUCCUGGUCCUGCAGCAGGAAGGCCAGCAGGGCGAGGUGGUGGAGGAGAUGGAGCUCGGCUCUCUGACCUACUUCGGCGAGGGUCGGUGGCUGCUCAGCCUCCGGGAACCCAUCUGCGCCCCCGCUUGCUUCUCCAGCUUCUACGGGCGCAAGGAGGUAGAGCCGACCAAAAAAGAACCCGAGAAGAAAAAGAAGCCGAAGUGUGCCAUACUGUAGGUGGCGACAUUAGGUGUGGUCUCUUGACUGGUGAAUUAAAACUUAGGCUUACUUUGUGCAAGGUUUGUGUGUUUGUGCAGUGUUAAGGGUUUCAGUUAUAGCCACCCUGACUCCACAAGCUGUGCCUUCCUUUUUUUCUUUUUUUUUUUUUUUUAAUUUGCACCACAACCUAAGAUGCCUUUGACUGGGCCAGACUUGUCGUCAGCAUGGUUCGGUUUUUCUUUUUCUUUUGUGUCGGUGCCACAGUUUCGUUGCCUGGUUAUCUGCUGAGAUCCUGUUAGCUGCAGUUUUGCGUAGUAUAGCCUCUUCCACCAGCUCCACCACCUAUCUGAAACGUAGAUCUCCUCUUCUAUACAGUGUUUCUCAGUAUUCCAAAUGUGAUUGACUAGUUACAUCUGUUGCAUGCAUCUGUGAUUAAGCGUAUCAAUAUUUACACAUAACCAAUCUGUAGCUCUCUGGCAGGUAAUUCUGAUGUAGUCAUCCACAUAGCUUUAAGUUUAGGCAACAAUAUGAUAUCUUUUGCUUCUGUGCAGCCUAGGAAAUAAUUGUGAAAGCAUACGGGCCAAAGUUUUCUAUUAAGUGUAUUAGAAUGAAUGUCUUGUCAUAGAGAUCCUUCCUUGUAAAAUCUCUGCAUUGUGCAUAGUUUAAAAGGGAGAAUGCUGAUGCAUUUGGCAUUUGUUUCAGAAGCUUGCACUUUGUAUUUAUGAAAUGCUGUGAAUCCAAUUCCAUGUUUUGCAAUCUUUUUCUACUGCGCAAUCCAGUUUGAAAAGCACUUCAUGUAUUGCAUUUCAAUUUGUAUCUUGUGACUGUAAUUUUUGAAGGGCAAGUCCUACUUGUGUAGCUCUUAUGAAUCACUAUUUUUUUGCACUUGUUUUGUACACACUCAAUAAAAAGAGAGAACCUGCUUCGCUCCAG